AUGCUAUUCGGGAGCUAUGAUCAGGAUAUCAGACCAACGCCGAUAACAGAUGAUAAUUAUAUAACGAAUGUGACGAUUACCAUAAACUAUUUCGUUCUAUUGACACUCGAUCAACAAGGCGAGCAGAUGACUUUCUCGGCGGAUGUGCAAAAGAGUUGGUAUGAUCCAAAUCUCUCAUGGGAUCCGAGCGCAUUCGGCAACACGACAAGAGUGCUUACAGCUGAGAGAUCUCUUUGGCGACCUGACAUUGCUAUUGUUAAUGGUGCUGCUGAGGAGGACGUGAUCGACGCCGACUCACGCUUCUCUGUCGUUUUCAGCGAUGGGACGGUUCAGACAAGUGUGCCGGCUGUUUACACGACAAGGUGCAGUCUUGAUUUGGUCGCUUUCCCGUUCGACUCGCAACAAUGCGAAGUGAAGUUCGGUUCGUGGGUGUACACGGUGAACGAGAUACAACUCAUUGCACAGGAAUAUGUCUUGAAUCCGGGCCCCGAUUACAAGGGAAACAGCGAAUGGACCGUCGAGAACAUCUCCGCCUACAACUAUUUAGACAAUGAUGGGGGAAUGUAUGGGGAACUCCAUUAUGUGAUUGAAUUGAAACGCAAAUCGAAUUACUACAUGUAUGUCUUAUUUCUGCCCACAUUUAUCGUCUCAACACUGGCCAUUUUCGGUCUCUUCACCCCGCUGAAUAAUGAAGGAGAUCGAGCUGAGAAAGCUUCUCUCGGUUUAACAACACUUCUCUCACUUGCUGUCAUGUUAGACAUCGUUGGACAGGAUAUGCCAAAAUCGGCUCCAUUGCCACGCUUGGGUCGCUACGUUCUUGGCGAGAUCGUCAUUUGCUCUUUAGGCGUGAUGGCUUCGAUUUUUCUACAGAUAGCUCAUCAACGGACGAACACUCGCGAGUUCAUUCCAAGUGAAACGCUGGCAAAGAAAGCUUUCGAGAAAUUCCCGAAGACAAAUCCAAGUCGACUGGGUUUACGAGUACUUCGCUCGGCGGACGGACACGAAUUCCAGAGUGCGCUCAAUGAACUUGAAGUAUCACUAAGGAAUGUUUGCGAUUACAUUCGUAAAACGGAGAUCCGUGAAGAGUUCUACAUAUACUGGAUUCGUUUCUAUGACGUCAUCGACUUGGGUCUCUUGUUCGUUUUCCAGGCGGCGAAUGUCAUUCUAACAAUUGUCAUUGUGUUGAUG